CCAAGUAGGAGAACUGUCUCAUCUGGAGUACUCUGUGUGGCAAUCAAACCCUGGAUUUGGGUUCUUUUAAUAUUUUGGCUCUACCUCUAUUGUUCGGACACAUUUGACAAUAAAACAAGAAUAUAUUUUUGAUCUGAAAACUUCCAACUCUCACAUCUAAAAGAUGUUUCCCUGGUCUGUUGUUUUCUCCCUGGAGCCGAAGGUCCCUGGCCAACGUACUCCAGGGGAGUUGGUGACCAACACUUUGAUGUUGGAGCUGGGUGCCAUGGUAAAACGAACCGAACGGAUCAGGCUGGAGAAGGAGAUCCGUAGACGUCGCAACUCUUCCUCUGCAGAUUACAGCUGGCUGGCCGGCCCUCAGCCUCGAGUACCCUACGAGCUCACACCAGGAGAUGUUCUGGACCUGCAAGACCUGUGUGCCCAAAUCCCACCCCAACAGUGUGGUCCUGUUAUUGUCAGGUUCCGGAAACUAGUGUCAGAGAUUGAGCCAGAUGUGCAUGAAGUUCCAAAGUUGUUUCGGAGUGCCCUGCAAAACUGUCUGGAUGAGAUUCAGGGAGAUGCAGAACUCCAGGAUCGGGCAAACCGUUGGGAGAAACAGCGAAGUAAGAGCCUUUCCUUUGUCACAUUCCGAUCCAAGUUCCGCACCCUGAACCGCGGGAAGGGAAACUUUGGUGGUUCCCGCAACAACCUGCAAGAGGAGAACACGUGGUCUGACGAAGACGAGGAGGCAACGGAGCAGGUCUCGACUGCCAUGCGCAACAGGAAGGGCCGAAGUCUGAGCAUGCCAGAGAUCACCCCACUCGAAGAGGCUGCCUAGAGAUGAACAUGAAGGAAGACGGACAGGAAGAUGGAAAGACGUUUUAAGGCAAGAAAGCAAUGGAAGGCAUGAAAGAAAGACAUUUGAAAAGAACUGCAGCCUGUAAGGCAUUAGGGAUGAGACUAAAGGGAGGAAGGCAAAGAAAAAAAAGAGGCAAAGAGAGGACAAAUCUGACUGAAAAAGAUUAAAGCGUGUGGUAUCAGAUUGUUAAAAUAUUGUUAAUUUGUUAAUCAUACCAAAGAACACAGGUAUAGGCAUAUGUAAAGCCUAUAGUCUUUUUUUAACUUUCAAGAUGUUUUUGAAAACAAUUGCAGUUGACAUGUAAGUAUUUGGCAAAAAUGUAUGUAUAAUGUUUAAGACCAUUUCAUUUUUAUUUAAAAGCUACACAAGACCCCUGCAGUAGAGAUCAACCGAUAUGGGAUUUUAAUGGCCAAUACUGAUAUCGAGAGAGCAGGAUGGCGGAUGUCCUAUAUUAUAACAAUAAUAAUACAAUUUAAUGAUGGCGAAUUUAUGGGAAUUACAUGAACACUUAAUUUACAAAAAUGUUUUAAUCUUUGAAAAGUAAAAUUCAGGUGCGGGAAAUGAAUUAUAGAGAUCUAUCUUUCAAUUUUCACUAUAUAAAUGCUAAUUCUUGAUAUCAGCAAUAGAAUUACUAGUGAAAAUGACAAUUUUUGCAAUCAGCAAUUGAUCUUGUUGGAUCAACACUGGAUCUUGUUAUAAAAAUUAUGACAUUACUUACGGAAAUACCCAUUCUUGGUAUCAAAAAUGGAAUUUCAACUAGUAAAAAUAUAAUUACGGAUAUCUGUAACUGCAUUUCUGAUCUGUCAUUCCCUCCUGUUCAAAAUGCAAUUACAGAUAUCUAUAAUUCAUUUCUUACUUAUCAUUAGCAAUUUCACAUAUCAGCAAUAUGGAAAAUUAAGUAUUUUUACUAGUUCUAACUUAUUUGCACAAUGUAAUUAUUGAUAUAAAAAUAGAUCAUUUUUAAUUGUAAAAAGUACAUAGCUGAUGUGUGCAUUUGGAAUUUGAACUAGUAAGAAAUG